UCAAAGAGAACGGCUGAUUACAAAACAUUUUGCUUCACGCGUUUGGCCAAAUUUUAUCAGAGAUUUUCCUAAAAUUAUGUCUCAUUUACUGAAAGUGGUUUCCAUCCUAAAUCGCUCGGUUGGUACUGUGCGAAAAACGCAAAGGAUAUCGUGUGCCACACUCAGGUUUUGCAGUGAUUCGAAAUCCUUAUCCGGCGAGGGGACUUCGGGUGAAAGUCAACCAUCACAAGCCGAUGUUCGGAAGCUCGGCGGAUUCGCCAAGGCAUUCGAGAAGCAUACCACUUCGCUUGAGGACAAUGACGGUAAGGACGAACCACCAAAAACGUUCGCCGCUUUGAUGAGGAACUCGAAGUUUGUGGAUCUUGGCGAUCCCGAAAACAAAAUAGUCACCGGGAAGAUUUUCCACGUAGUUGGGGACGAUCUUUAUAUUGAUUUCGGAUGGAAAUUCCAUUGCGUAUGCACCAGGCCAGCCAAAAAUGCGGAGGAAUAUGUUCGCGGUGCACGAGUGCGACUACGCAUUCGUGAUCUUGAGCUAUCGACAAGGUUUCUCGGAUCCGACAAAGAUCUCACCUUACUGGAAGCAGACUGUCAACUUCUGGGCUUAAUGUCCUCGCCAGCCAGGCAACAACAAGGACAGCGUGCAGCGGAAGGAUCUGUCUAGCAGUAAGUACCUGGAGUUGUCCUUUAUUGUAAAUAGAAGCGCAAUUACUGAAAAUA